GGAAAAAAUACUAUACAAGAACACUGAUGUAAAGAACAAACCUAAGUCGGGCAGAAUAUUACCUGUCCCUAAACUGGAUCAUCCAAAAUUAAGGCAAGCAGACUGAAAUUACCAGCAUUUAAUGAAGCAUUUCCAGUUGACCAUGAUGGGUAUCGACAUCUGCAAGACGCUGGAGAAAGUGGGCAUUAAUUUGCGGCAAUUCUGAAAGAUGUUUUGACUAGAUGGAUAGAAUUACCAGAUGCAGACAAGUUAUGACAUUUUGCUACGAGAACAGUUUACAGAUAGAUGUGGGCGAGUCGGAGUUGGACACGUUGCUAGAAACUGCAGGCAGUACAGACAAAUGUGCCGGUUUAUCUUAUUCCAAGACAUGUCAACCGAAAUCUACUUUCCAUGAAGUAGAUAGUAACGAAGAUCUAGAAGUGGAUAAAUAUAAACCAGACAUAAGUGCUUGCAUGGUUGAAAGGAAAGUAGCAUCAUUAGAUGACUGCUGCUGCAUAGAUGAAGAGGGUAGUCCGGUAACGCCUACACGUGGGCAUUUUUUCUAUUAUGAGCGCAGCUUGUACAAUUUACUAAGAGAAUACUAGUUUCCACAGGUACUGUUGGUUCGCAUUCAGUUUCUGUUCUCCGUGACAGUGAUGGCAUGGUGUGGUGUUAAAUAAAGGAUUUGU